UUUCCCGUGCGUUACUGUGUGGUUGGAGCGUUAACGGUUGUUUAGUUUAUUGAAGUUUACUUUUACUUCACUUUACUGUGUUUACUUCAGUUAAUUCAAGUUCGCUUUAGUCAUUUACCUUUAGUCUUUUAACUUUAAUCAUUUAACUUUAGUCAUUUAACUUUAGUCAUUUAACUUUAGUCAUUUAACUUUAGUUAAUUUGGUCUUAGUUUCACGUGACGAGCUCGCGGGUGGAGACCGUACAGCUCGCGCACGGAGGACGUGCACGGAGCCACGCGAAGCUGCGCGCAUUGUCAAGGAGUUAUCCCGUUGUGGGUUUUUGACGUUUUCUCUUACUUUUCCUCUAUUUUUCCUCUAGUUUAGUUUUCCUCGUAGUUUUCUCUUAGUUUUCCUCUAGUUUUCUCUUAGUUUCCUCUUAGUUUUCCUCGUAGUUUUCCUCUAGUUUUCCUCGUAGUUCUUGUCCCCGCAGUUUUCCUUUUGGUCCGCGUCAGAAACGCUGUGUCCCUUUGCGUCUCGCGCAGUCCUGCGUCGCCGUGCGGGCUAACGGUCACCUGCUGUCUGGACCGUGGGCCGGUUACUUUAUUAUCUGUGUUGGGCUGGACGUCACGCCGCUGACACGCGGACCGGCAGCAUGCGGCUCAGCGGCCCCGCAGCGCGGGACUCUCUGGCUUCCCUGUGGAUUCUGUGGGUUCUGUUGGUUCUGUGUUGCUGGGCCGGAAGCGGCUCUGGAUACAACCUGGACAUCCAGAACUCUCUGGGCUUCACUGGUCCCAGCGGCUCUCUGUUCGGUUACUCUGUCCUGCUGCACCGCCACCGCCACCACAACUGGUUAGUGGUUGGUGCUCCUCAAGCUAACUCCACCUACACCCCAUGGAUUCAAUCACCAGGAGCGAUCUACAAAUGCAGGGUGACGGCCAGCAACCACACUGCCUGUCAACAGACACACACAGAGACGGGAGAGUGUGGGAAAACCUGUCAAGAAGAAAGUGAUAACCAGUGGCUUGGAGUCAGCUUGUCCAGACAACCUGGAAAUGGACGCAUACUGGCAUGUGGUCAUCGGUGGAAGAACGUAUUUUAUUCCAACAAAGACUCUCAGCACAACAAGCUUCCCUACGGAGUGUGUUAUCACUACGGAAACCAGCUGACACAGAUCACACCCCUCAUCCCUUGUUACCGAGACCACCAGUGGAAGUUUGGGGAGGAUUAUGGGUCGUGUCAAGCAGGCAUUUCCAACUUCUUGACAGAGGAGCUGAUGAUCAUGGGAGCUCCUGGUACAUCUUACUGGACCGGCUCAGUUCUGGUUUUUAAUUCCUCCAGUAGAGUGUUGUCUGCAUACCUGGACAACGACAGCGGGGCGGUCCAGUUUGGAAGCUACCUGGGCUACUCUGUUGGAGCAGGUCACUUCCUACAUCCUGGUACUACAGAGGUGGUAGGCGGAGCCCCACAGCACAGCCAGACUGGCAAGGUUUUCAUCUUCAGUGUGGAUGACAACAUGCUGAGAAUCGUCACAGAGGUGUCAGGAGACAAGCUGGGCUCUUACUUCGGGGCCAGUGUGUGUGCAGUAGAUCUGAAUGCUGAUGGUCUGUCAGACCUGCUGGUUGGCGCUCCCUUUACAAGCAGUACCAUAGCAACGGGUGUUGUUAGGGAGGAGGGGAGAGUCCACGCUUACAUCAACCAGGGAGAGGCUCAGCUGGUGGAGGCGAACUUCAGGCUGAUGGGUAGUGAUUCCUAUGCUGCUCGUUUUGGAGAGACCAUUGCUGACCUGGGAGACAUUGAUGAUGAUGGUUACCAUGAUGUGGCAAUUGGGGCUCCACAAGAGGAGGAUCUGAGAGGGGCCAUCUACAUCUACAAUGGCAGGAAGGAGGGAAUCACUCCGACUUUCUCUCAGAGGAUCAGUGGAUCAGUGUUGGGUCGUGACCUUAGGAUGUUCGGCCAGUCUCUGAGCUCGGGUGUUGACAUCGAUGACAACGGGUACCAAGAUGUUGCAGUUGGCUCGUUCCUCUCUGACUCCGCAGUCAUUCUCAGGACCCGUCCGGUGGUGAGGAUCCAGGCGUCCCUGCUGCUUCCUGACAGGAUUAACCGUUCGCUUGCUGUGUGCCAGCAGGACGGAGCCCCCUCCUUCUGCACCAACAUCUCCGUCUGCUUCACCGCCAGGUCCCGACAAUACCGAGGAAUUCUGGAGCUUCAGUAUGAUCUGACCGCUGACAUCAUCCAUAAGCCCUUCUUCCCCCACCGCUUCUAUUUCCAUGGCAACGGAACAUCCAAUAGCACGACCGGGCGUGUCAGGGUCAGGAACAACCAAUUAACCUGCACAACCCACCUGGCUUACCUGAGGAGGGAGGUAAGAGACAUCUUCACAGCGGUCCACUUCCAGUUGUCCUUUACUCUGAAGGAGACCAGCACACAGAGAGGAAAUAGAGGCUUUCCUCCAUUAAAACCCAUUCUUCAGCAGACAGCAGGGACCAGUAACACCAUCACCAACCAGACCUGGUUUGCUCGCUCCUGUUCUCUGGCCGACUGUUCCACCAACCUUCAGCUGUCAACUCAACUACUAUUACCUCAGAACCAUAGUGGUCAGCAGUAUUUUGCUGUGGGGGAUGCGAAGACCAUCAUGUUAAAUACAACAGUGACAAACUCUGGAGACGACGCCUUCCUGCCACGCCUGUCAGUUCGAUUCCCAAACAACGUUCACUAUGUCAAAGUACUAGAUAACGAGGACAGCCUGGGGAAUUGUGAUGUAGAAGAAGAUGUCAGCAAGACAUCAGUAGGAGUCGACUGCAGCGUCUCCAGCUUCUACUUACCUGCUCAGGCCAAACUGAAUAUCAGCUUCCUGUUGGACGUUAGCCAGAAUAGCACAGCCGGUGACAUCGUCAUCUCUGUCAACACUAGUGGGGACAAUUAUGAAAGAGAAGAUUUUCUCCAUGACAACUCAGCUAGAAUUGUACUGCCCCUUAGAUACGGAGUAGACCUCAGCAUCCAUGGUUUUGUGAGUCCUACAUCAUUCGUGUUUGGAGAUCAGGAGGAGACUCCAGUUGACUGCUACACUGAGAGCUUUAACUUCACUUACAAGGUGGCAAACAUUGGUCCCAGUCUGUCCGUGGGUACAGUGGUGGAGAUUUACCUUCCAAAAAUCUUGGCUCCUUACCCCCACCGGCUACUGCAGCUCAAAGUCCUGCAGGUCUCUCAGGGCAUCUGUUCCAUCAGUCGUGACUCCUUCUUGACAGAAGACAACUGUGAUGUCCCAACCAUUCCAUUCAUCAAGCAGCUCUUCUACUUCUCCUCUACACCAACACGCAGGAUGUUUUGUGGUCAUGGAGACACUCUUUGUGAGCGGUUGGUGUGUGUUUUUGGUGAUGUGGAGUCGGGCAGAGAGGCAACCAUUCAGCUGGAGGCCAGAAUCAACCCGUCAGUCCUACAACAGAGUGGUCAUGGUGUUAUUUUGAUAGAGAGCACAGCUGUGAUGACAUCUCCUAGAGAAGAUCAUCACACUAUCAUGGUCCAGCCCUCUGUCCUCACACAGGUGGUGGUUGAGGCCCAUUUUAACAGGUGGCUUUCAGCAGGAGUAAAGGUCUUCAUCGUGACCAUCAGUUUAAUCCUGGGUCUGCUGAUACUGGCUGCCCUCAUCUACUGCCUGUGGAAGGCUGGUUUCUUUAAAAGGGAAGUCCGCAAGGAGAGGAGAGAUAGCUGGGACUAUGUUCCUAAAAACAACAAGAGAGCGAGCACCUCAUAGUCACUGACCUCUGACCCCUGGACUGAGUCCUGACCCAGCCAUGAAUCAAUGUCACAGUCCUGCAGUGUCCUCGUGGAGAUCAUGCAGUCUGCAGACACACACUGGAUGGAUGCUGGGAUGGAUGAUAGGUGAUGAAUGUAUGAAGAUGUUGGAUGGAUCAUUGAUGAAUGAGAAAUGAUUGAUGACAGAUGAUUGUUGGCUGGCUGGUUGAACGGAUGGAUGGAUAGAUGGAUGGAUGGAUGGAUGGGUGGAUGGAUGGAUGGAUGGAUGGAUGGAUGGGUGGAUGGGUGGGUGGAGGAAUGUGGAGUUGAAUGAGAGGAGUGCAUUCUUUUCCAGAAUGAAGGAGGGCAAAAGGGAAAAAGGAAGGAUCAUUUGAAAGACCGACACAAUCAAACCUCCUGGACCAAUCAAAGCGCCUCAGUAGUUCUCAGGAAGUGACAUCACACCUCUCAUAUCAUCUUCACUCAAGACCCACUUUUUAACUGAUGGAGAAGAAAAUCAGCCAAAUGUUUUUUUCACAAAAAAAAAGGAUGUCGCUAACUGGUGAACUUUGAACUCAGAGAUUGAAACCCUGGGCACUGAUUGGCUCAGUCUGACUUCCUGAUAGUCCUGCUGUUACCAUGGAGAUGGAAGCCAUGAAAUACAUAAAGGUGUCUUUUUUGUCAUGUCGGGAGCUUUUGCCUGCUGUCCCAACAUCCAUGCACUGUUAUAUGAAUAAUCUUAUUUGUCAGUAAGAUGUCCAGAUGGAAAACACAGACACAAAGACAUGUCUCUCAAGUUGUCUCUCUCUAAAUAUGAAUAAUCUUAUAUAUCAGUAAGAUGUCCAGAUGGAAAACACAGACACGAAGACAUGUCUCUCAAGUUGUCUCUCUCUCUAAAUAUGAAUAAUCUUAUUUGUCAGUAAGAUGUCCAGAUGGAGAACACGGAGACAUGAAGACAUGUCUCUCAAGUUGUCUCUCUCUCUAAAUACGAAUAAUCUUAUAUGUCAGUAAGAUGUCCAGAUGGAAAACACAGACACGAAGACAUGUCUCUCAAGUUGUCUCUCUCUCUGAAUAUGAAUAGUCUUAUAUGUCAGUAAGAUGUCCAGAUGGAAAAACAGACAUGAAGAGAUGUCUCUCAAGUUGUCUCUCUCUGAAUAUGAAUAGUCUUAUAUGUCAGUAAGAUGUCCAGAUGGAAAACACAGACACGAAGACAUGUCUCUCAAGUUGUCUCUCUCUCUGAAUAUGAAUAGUCUUAUAUGUCAGUAAGAUGUCCAGAUGGAGAACACAGAGACAUGAAGACAUGUCUCUCAAGUUUUCCCUCUCUGAAGCCCGUGAUAUCUGAACCUCACACUGCUUUUUUGUGAAAUGUGGAAACAAAAUCUGCGGUCACGUUACUUUGACCAACUCACUUCAAUUCAGCGUUUAUUCCAGACUCGUCUUAGUAGAGGUCCAUGUCAGAAAUACCAGAAGAGAAACAAGACAAGGACAUGUACA